AUGUGUAACACACUGUUGAUAGGCGAACCAGUCGCUGUCUCAAGUAACUCAGGUCUGACUUCCAAACUUCCCAGCUCUAUUCCCACAGAAACUAUGUCGGAGCGAUAUCACCAACAGCAAAUGGAGAAAAUUAAGCAGCUUUCGGACUUGAAGAUGCAGCUGCAAAUGGCAGCAACAGAGGCGGCAGCGGCGAAGGCUGAGGCUGAGAAGGCCAGACAACAGUUGGACAACUUCCUGAAACAACGAGAAAGUGACGUAGAAGAAAAAAGCACGGAUGAUAGCAGUCGACGCAAUAAAUAG